UCUGUACUGUCUCUCGACUCUCGACUCGCCAACCUAUAGGAAUAGGGCGACAACUACGAAGUUCGAGCUCUCAGGUCUCCCACUUGAUAACACCCCUCCCCAUCAUCGUUACACGUUACAGCCGGCCGUUUCUCCCCUCUUUGUCAUCACUCCCUUGCUCUUAAUUCCCUUCUUUUGAAUCUCCAAUUAUCGGGAGCUGCUUCUGUAGGUAUCCAAAUCUUCUGCCUUUCCCCAACCCCUCAACACACACCGACACCGAAAACUCUAUAUUUUAGUUCUAAUCGUCGACAUUCCGUCACCGGGAACCCCAAAAGCAAAUUAGAAAGUUGAUUUCGCGGCCAAGAAUGGCUCAAGCUUUACAUUUCGCCGUAUCUUCUCCAUCACCCGCUCGUUCCUUAUCGAAGCUCUCCUACUCGAAACAUUCUCAAUCUCUUUUCCAUCGUCGUAUCCCCGCCACAUUCGUACGGAAGCCGAUUUCAGCCGUGUCUUCAGAUCUCGAGUCUUCGUCACAUCAGGUUCUGGUCUCUGAGAAUGGGAAAGGUGGGAUUUUUUUGGCUGCAUCACCACCGCAGACAGCGGCGACGACGGAUUCGAGUGUCAUCGAGGUUGAUGCAGUGACGGAGGCUGAGCUGAAGGAGAAUGGGUUCCGUAGCACGCGGAGGACGAAGCUCGUUUGCACGAUUGGUCCGGCCACUUGCGGAUUUGAGCAGUUGGAAGCGCUUGCCGUUGGCGGGAUGAACGUGGCGCGUAUCAACAUGUGUCACGGCACGCGGGAGUGGCAUCGGACUGUGAUCGAGCGGGUGAGGAGGUUGAAUGAAGAGAAGGGAUAUGCUGUUGCAAUCAUGAUGGACACAGAGGGGAGCGAAAUUCACAUGGGGGAUCUUGGUGGCGCUUCAUCCGCCAAGGCUGAGGAUGGUGAAAUUUGGACUUUCACUGUACGAUCUUUUGGUUCAUCUCGUCCAGAACGUACCAUCAGUGUUAAUUAUGAUGGUUUUGCUGAAGAUGUGAAAGUGGGUGAUGAACUCCUUGUGGAUGGUGGAAUGGUGAGGUUUGAGGUGAUUGAGAAGAUUGGUCCGGAUGUCAAGUGCCGCUGUACUGAUCCUGGACUGUUGUUACCACGUGCUAAUUUGACUUUCUGGCGAGAUGGAAGUUUGGUUCGUGAACGUAAUGCAAUGCUUCCAACAAUUUCUUCUAAGGAUUGGCUGGAUAUUGAUUUUGGGAUUGCAGAAGGUGUUGAUUUCAUUGCAAUUUCAUUUGUCAAGUCUGCUGAAGUGAUCAAGCAUCUUAAGAGCUACAUUGCAGCACGUUCUCGUGAUAGUGACAUUACGGUCAUUGCAAAGAUAGAGAGUAUAGACUCUUUGAAGAACUUGGAAGAGAUCAUUCAGGCAUCAGAUGGAGCAAUGGUGGCAAGAGGAGAUCUGGGUGCUCAGAUUCCAUUGGAGCAAGUCCCAUCAGCCCAACAGAGGAUUGUUCAGUUGUGUAGGCAGCUAAACAAGCCUGUUAUUGUUGCAUCUCAGCUUCUUGAGUCCAUGAUCGAAUACCCUACACCAACUAGAGCUGAAGUGGCGGAUGUUUCUGAAGCAGUUAGGCAGAGGGCAGAUGCUUUGAUGCUUUCUGGUGAGUCUGCAAUGGGCCAGUACCCAGAGAAAGCAUUGAGUGUGUUGAGAAGUGUCAGCCUGAGAAUUGAAAGGUGGUGGAGGGAGGAGAAACAUCAUGAAGCUAUGGAGCUCGCAGAAAUCUCUUCUUCAUUUGCAGAAAGCAUUUCAGAGGAGAUAUGCAACUCCGCUGCUAAGAUGGCCAACAAUUUGGAAGUGGAUGCACUUUUUGUUUACACAAAGACAGGUCGCAUGGCAUCUCUCCUGUCACGCUGCAGACCUGACUGUCCAAUCUUUGCAUUUACAACUACAACAUCAGUAAGGAGGCGUCUGAACCUCCAGUGGGGCUUGAUACCAUUCCGGCUGAACUUCUCAGAUGAUAUGGAGAGCAAUCUUAAUAGAACAUUCUCAUUGCUGAAGGCAAGAGGAAUGAUUCAGUCAGGUGACCUUGUUAUUGCUGUCUCUGAUAUGUUGCAAUCCAUUCAAGUGAUGAAUGUCCCGUGAAGUAUCUUGAAGUCUGUUCCUUUUUAAUAAUGGUUUGUUUAGACCAUUUGAUUAUUGCUGUUGGCUAGGAAAUUAAGUGUUUUAUUAUGACAAUCGAAUGUACUAUAUAUCYUUAUUCAACAGCUUGGUUAGUGUUUAGUGAUAGAAAUACAGUCAGGUGACCUUGUUAUUGCUGUCUCUGAUAUGUUGCAAUCCAUUCAAGUGAUGAAUGUCCCGUGAAGUAUCUUGAAGUCUGUUCCUUUUUAAUAAUGGUUUGUUUAGACCAUUUGAUUAUUGCUGUUGGCUAGGAAAUUAAGUGUUUUAUUAUGACAAUCGAAUGUACUAUAUAUCCUUAUUCAA